CACCGGAAUGAUCUGAGCUGAUCUGUUUUAAUCUGAUCUGAUCUCCGGUCACUCUCUCCAGCUCGGUGUUUCACCUGUGAGUGUCCAGCAGCGCUCCGUCUCCCGCAGAUCCUCAGCUGGAAGACGACACCAUGGGUCAUAAAGGAGGACGGACGCCAUCUUUCCUCCUGCAUUUUCUGCUGGUGUCCAGCAUGUCUACAGUGAGCGCUGAAUACUCGAGCUGUGGAGAAAAUGAGUUUUACAAUCACACAACCAGCAGCUGCCAACCCUGCCCACAGUGCCAAGCUGGACAAGAGCCGUACAUGAACUGUGGUUACGGCACUAAAGACGAUGAUUACUCCUGCGUUUCCUGUCCGGCUGGUAAAUUCUCCAAAGGAAAGUACGAGAUCUGCCGUCGACACAAAGACUGUGACGCUCUUUACCGCGCCACUGUCCUGACGCCCGGCACCUCUGACAGCGACGCUGAGUGCGGACACUGUUUACCAGGGUACUACAUCCAGGAGAACCGGCCGCAGAACAUCUACGGUAUGGUGUGUCAUUCAUGCCAAAACGCUCCUCGAAACAUCAAAGAGUGCAUGAGGUCCACACCGCCAGCCUCAGGUCGAGCUCCCAGUGUUUCUUCCAGCAGCACCACUAUAUUCCCUCAGCCAGAGAAAGACCCAACAGGACAGGGUCACCUAGCAACGGCCCUCAUCAUCGCCAUGUCAACCAUCUUCAUCAUGGCCAUCGCUAUAGUGAUGAUCAUCAUGUUCUACAUCCUGAAGAGCAAACCGAGCGGACCAGUCUGCUGUUCUGGUCAGCUCAUCAAAGCUGUAGAAGCUCAGACAAACAUGCAGGAGGAGAAGAAGGAGGCUCAGGAGAACGUGGUGAUCUUUCAGGAGAAGGACGAAUUUGACAAACUCAAGCCUUCAUCUCCAAAAACAGCCAAAAGUGAGAAUGACGCGUCAUCAGAAAACGAGCAGCUGCUGAGUCGCAGUAUCGACAGUGAUGAAGAAGCAGCGCAGGACAAACAGGGAGCUGCAGAUCUUUGUCUUCUUUCACUGGUGCAUCUGACCAGAGACAAAUCCUGCACCACCAACACCAUCAACAACAACAACAACAACCACUGCAGCAGAGCCACCGGGAUUCACAGCAGAAGGAAAAAGAUCCUGGAUUUGUACACAAAAGCCUGCAGUGUUGCGGAAGGUCUGAGCCCGACGGAGCUGCCGUUCGACUGUCUGGAGCGCAGCAGCCGGAUGCUCAGCGCCACCUACAGCACAGAUAAAGCGGUGGUGAAGACGUGGAGGCACCUGGCGGAGAGCUUCGGGCUGAAGAGAGACGAGAUCGGCGGCAUGACGGACGGGAUGCAGCUGUUCGACCGCAUCAGCACCGCUGGAUACAGCAUCCCUGACCUGCUGGCGCGCCUGCUGCAGAUCGAGCGGCUGGACGCGGUGGAGACGCUCUGCUGCGACAUCCUGAGCGGAACACAGAACUGCACUAAUCCGCCCCUGAGCUCCCGCUGCGCCAGCGUCUGAA